AGUUUUACUAAAUAGUUCAUUGUGAAAUGGAAUUACUUAGGAAGAAUUACAAAUUUAUAUUUUAACAAAAGUGCUGUUGACCAAAAAAUAUGUGCCUAUUACUUAAGCCAACAAAACUGAAGAUGGAUUAACAGAGGUUUCUGCUUCCUAUUGUGUGUGCAGUGGAUGGAACACUAGGAAAAGGUCUCUUCUUCAAUUUCUUCAUAUUUUAUUACUUUCCCAAUAUACACCUACAACAGCUUCCAAAGCUCUUUCUAGAAAGAAAAACAAAUAUAGCAGGUACUCACUCAUUUGAAUCAAAGUACUCCAAGAUUAAGUUGAAGACCUGCUUAAUUUGGAGCAUCGAGAUCUCUGCACCUCCCUUUAAGACUAUCAAUCUUGACCCUAAGGUAUACAUUUCUUACCAGUUUAUCUUUGAGGAGUGCUCUGUAUUAUGUGGGCAACAACACUCCAGUGCACACAAAAGGCCCAAUAUUAACCCUGAAAUAACUUUCUUAAGACUUAAUAAAACCUUGAUGUUUUCAGUACCAAGUGUUCCAGAACUCUGUUAUGUAGUCGCAGUUAAUUGCAUAGCUGCUGAGUUCCAGGUUCUUCCAGACACCAAUAAAAUCUUGGAGGAUACACAAAUAUUGGUAGCUUUGCCCUAUUGGGAUAUUUUCUUAUUAUUUUUAAAGAUCACAUUGUAUUUAUUCUUUGUUUUUGUGUAGCUAAUGAAGGUCUUGAGUAAAAUAGUCCUGAUAUGAAAUAUGUUAUUCACCAUGUUAUUAUUGACCACCUUAUACUGUUUUACUUUGAUAAUCAACUUUAUCUUCUACCACAACACUAGUAAACCUUCUAGUAUUCAUGGACUAACAGCUUCUUUACUUCCCGUGAUUUUUCUUUUUCUUUGUUGCACAUCCUGUUUCCUGAAGGAAAUGGCCAGACAGAAUGAUUCCACAGUGACUGAGUUUGUCCUUGAGGGAUUGACAGACAGACCAGAACUCCAGCUGCCUCUCUUCCUCUUGUUUCUAGGUAUCUAUGGUGUCACUGUAAUGGGAAACUUGGGUAUGAUACUACUCAUCACUUUCAAUUCUAAGCUCCAAUCACCCAAGUACUUCUUCCUCUGUAAUUUGUCAUUCCUAGAUCUGUUUUACUCCUCAGUUGUUAGCACUAAACUCUUCGAAAACUUUGUAUGGGAGAAAAAUGUUAUUUCCUCUCCUGGAUGUAUGACUCAGCUCUUUUUCUUUUGUGUUUUUGCUAUUACUGAGUGCUAUAUGCCGACUGCCAUGGCAUAUGAUAAAUACGUAGCUAUCUGUAGUCCACUGCUCUACAGUGUCACCAUGUCCCAAAAGAUCUGCAAUAUGCUGGUGAGUGGAGUCUAGCUCAUGGCGUCUUUUGGAGCUGUGGUAGACACUAUUUUCAUGACUAGGCUUUCCUUCUGUGAGGACAAAAUUAUCUGUCAUUACUUCUGUGACACACUUCCUCUCCUAAAGCUCUCAUGCUCCAGUUCCUACAUCAAUGAGAUUUUGGUGAUAAUUGGAGGUGGAUUCAAUACGUUAGUAACAACUGUGGCCAUCAUAGUCUCUUAUGCCUUUAUACUCUCCCACAUUCUUCAAAUACCCUCAGCUGAGAGCAGGUCCAAAGCAUUUAGUACCUGUGGCUCUCAUCUUACAGUUGUUGGAGUUUUACAUGGCUCCAUGAUAUUCAUGUAUUUAAAGCCAGCAUCCAGCAGUAACAUGGCCCAGGAGAAGGUGGCCUCUGUGUUCUAGACCACAGUGAUCCCUGUGCUGAAUCCUCUGAUCUAUAGCUUGAGGAAUAAGGAUGUAAAGAAUGUGCUCAGCAAAGUCAUGCAUAUGAGGUAUGGAUCACCCCAGGGUAGUAGUCAGAACCACUAAAUUUCAGGACAAUAGUCUGCUUCUUUCUUUUUCUUAACACUAACUUAUCUUUCUGUUUCUUAAAAUGUACAUCCCAUUCUCAUUCCUUUCACUACAUCUAUCAGCUAUGACCCUUCUAUUGAAAUCUGUGCACACAUGGACACAAAUCUAUUCCUUGAACAUAA